GGCGGGCCCCUACUAACUUUGCCUCUCCUCAGGUCUCAGCUAUAGCAGUGCUGCAUCACCAAACCCUAUAUAAAAGCCCGCGCGCGCCUCCUCCCUCUUCAAACCAGCUAACAAGCCUAGCUUCCAUCCACUCAUCAUCGAUCCAGAGCAAGCGAUCAAGCGAUCGCUAGCAUUCCAGCAGCUGCGUGCAUCAGCUAGCUCGAUUCAUCGCUUGCUCUCGAUUCAUCAGCUAGAGAGCUUUGGUAGCUAGGAAGAGCUAGCAGCAGAGAGAGAGAGAGAGAGAGAGAGCAAAGCCAAAGGCCGGCGAAUAUAUAUAUAUACAAGAGAUCGAUCGAAUGGAGAAGCAGAUGAACGUUGUGGCGAGCAGGAGGCAGCCGGGCGACUGGAGCUGCCGGUCGUGCCAGUACGUCAACUUCUGCAAGCGCGACGCGUGCCAGCGCUGCGGCGAGGCCAAGCUGGGCGCGGAGCACACGGACUACGCCGCGAUGGGCGGCGACUGGGACGUCAAGCCCGGCGACUGGUACUGCUACCGCUGCAGCGUCAACAACUACGCCUCCCGCGGCAGCUGCUUCAAGUGCGGCGCCGGGAAGAACGAGUCGCCGGCCGCCGUCGCGCAGGGAUGGGGGUACUCCGUCGCCGGCCAGCCCGGAAUGAAGCCCGGCGACUGGAUCUGCCCAAGACUGGGUUGCCACGUGCAGAACUACGCCAACCGGACCGAGUGCUUCCGGUGCAGCAUGCCCAAAUCAUACUACGGUUGACGGGCCGGGCAACUACAUGUACACUGAUGAGAAAAACAGAAAAACAAAAAAAAAUAAGUUGUACGAGAUCGAAGAGCUAGAAACAUGCGAACUUAAUGAUCCGUAAACGGUCGCCACGCUAUGAUCGAAGACAUUUAACCAUUUUCCUUUCUAGUUUUUUUUUUCUUUUGAAUGAUGUAACCAAUAACCCUCGACAACGUAACUCAGCUAUGAGGGUUAGUAGUCAUUUGGAAGAGCAGCAACGAACUGAAGCUAAAAAGGAGAGGAGGAAUGUGAAACAAAAAAAAGAGAGUGUGAGUGUGACUGAUGCCAACAAUCAGUCUCUUGUUUGUCCCAUCCUUUUUUCCAAUAUAAAAGCCGAGGUUUAAGAAAGGAAAAAUGCGAGUUCCCCCCUUCA